AUGGCGUCGUCGUCGCCGCCGCCGAAGCUGCCGAUCCCCGGCCGCCGCAACAUACUCAUCACCAGCGCCUUACCCUACGUGAACAACGUCCCGCACCUCGGGAACAUCAUCGGAUGCGUGCUGAGCGCCGAUGUGUUCGCGCGCUACUGCAGGCUGCGCGGGUACAACGCGCUCUACAUAUGCGGGACGGACGAGUACGGUACGGCCACGGAGACCAAGGCCAUGGAGGAGAAGUGCUCGCCCAAGGAGAUCUGUGACAAGUACCAUGCUAUCCACAGCGAGGUUUACAAGUGGUUUGACAUAAAAUUUGACAAAUUUGGGCGUACGUCCUCUCCUCAGCAGACAGAAAUCUGCCAAGCAAUUUUCCAUAAAUUGAUGGAAAACAAUUGGCUAACAGAAAACACCAUGCAGCAGCUUUACUGUGAUACAUGUCAAAGGUUUUUGGCCGACAGGCUUGUAGAAGGAACAUGCCCUAUAGAAGGGUGUACUAAUAAAGCUGCGAGAGGUGAUCAAUGUGAUAACUGCAGCCAUAUGUUGAAUCCAACUGAACUAAUCGAUCCAAAGUGUAAGGCCUGUAAGAAUACUCCCCAUAUUCGUGAAACAGAUCACUUAUUCUUGGAUCUCCCUCUAUUAGAAGACAAGUUGGUGAACUAUAUUAAUGAUACUUCAGUAGCUGGUAUGUGGAGUCAAAAUGCCAUUCAAGCUACAAAUGCAUGGUUAAAGGAAGGACUAAAGUCACGCUGUAUCACAAGAGAUCUUAAAUGGGGAGUUCCUGUUCCAAUCGAGAAGUAUAAAGAUAAGGUUUUCUAUGUCUGGUUCGAUGCACCGAUUGGCUAUGUGUCCAUCACAGCAUCUUAUACACCUGAGUGGGAGAAGUGGUGGAAGAAUCCUGAUAAUGUGGAAUUAUUUCAGUUCAUGGGCAAAGAUAAUGUACCAUUUCAUACGAUCAUGUUUCCUUCAACACUGCUAGGAACUGGUGAAAAUUGGACAAUGAUGAAGACCAUUAGUGUCACUGAAUAUCUAAACUAUGAAGGAGGAAAAUUCUCCAAGAGUAAGGGUAUCGGAGUUUUUGGUAAUGAUGCCAAGGAUACGAAUAUUCCUCCUGAAGUGUGGCGAUACUACCUGCUUAUGAAUCGACCUGAGGCGUCAGAUACACUCUUUACAUGGACCGAUUUGCAAGCCAAAUUGAACAGCGAGUUGUUAAACAACUUGGGAAACUUCAUCAAUCGUGUGCUAAGCUUUAUUGCAAAACCAGCGGGAGCUGGGUAUGAUUCAAUUAUACCUGACGCUCCUGGUGCUGUGUCACAUCCAUCGACAAGUGACAUUGCAGAAAAAGUCAGUAAAUCUGUUGAACAAUAUCUUGAUGCAAUGGAAAAGGUUAAGCUAAAACAAGGACUGAAGAGUGCAAUGGGCAUCUCUACUGAUGGAAAUCGCUAUUUGCAAGACAGUGAAUUUUGGAAACUUUAUAAGGACAAUCCAGCAAACUGUGCGAUUGUGAUGAAAACUUCAGUUGGUCUUGUCUAUCUCCUUGCCUGUUUGCUGGAGCCUUUCAUGCCUUCCUUCUCAAAAGAAGUGCUACGUCAAUUAAACCUGUCCCCAGAAGAAACUCUUUCUUUCAGUGAAGAAAAGGGCGAAAGUGCGAAGGCAAAAACCCCUUGGGAUCUUGUACCAACAGGGCACAAAAUAGGGAGGCCUGUACCUCUGUUUGAGGAAUUGAAAGAUGAAAAGGUGAGUAAGCAUAGGGAAACAUAUGCAGGCAGUCAAGCUGAGAGGAGCUCAAAAGCAGUGGCUGACGCUGAAGCCACAAAAAUUGCUAACCAGCUCAACAGCAUAGCAUUAUCUGGAGGCUCAAAAAAGGAACAAAAGAAAAAGUCUGGUAACUCAAAAUCAAAGGUGGCAGAGGCAGAAUUAUCUGUUGCAAAGUUGGAGAUUCGAGUGGGGCUUAUAAGAAAAGCAGAGAAGCACCCAGAUGCUGAUUCACUGUACGUAGAGGAAAUCGAUGUUGGAGAGGAGGCUCCAAGAACGGUGGUUAGUGGCCUUGUCAAAUACAUUCCUCUUGAAGAAAUGCAGAACCGGAAAGUCUGUGUUCUCUGCAAUUUGAAACCAGUGGUGAUGCGUGGUAUAAAAUCACAUGCCAUGGUUUUGGCUGCUUCUAAUGAGGACCAUACUAGGGUUGAGUUGGUUGAGCCACCAGCGGAUGCUGCCGUGGGGGAGAGGGUGACCUUUGCUGGGCACUCCGGUGAGCCUGAGGCUUCUCUCAGUGGCAAGAGCAAGGUCUGGGAGAAGCUAGCCGCUGACCUGCAUAGCAGUGGCGAGCUUGUGGCCUGCUACAAAGAUGUUCCUUUCAUGACUUCGGCUGGAGUGUGCAAGGUGAAGACAAUAGCAAAUGGGGAAAUCCGCUAG